AUGCCUUAUCCAAAGAAACUUUGUAAUCAAAAAAAUAUAGCAUUUUUUAACCAAGUUAGAUUAUUUUAUAUACGUGAAGUUUGCUAUAAUGAAAGUUUUCAUAAACCAACUUUUUACAUAAAUAAUACGAAAGGAAAUUUAAAUUUUUUUGAAAGAACAUUCUCUACAAAAAAUGAAAUAGAUAAUGUAAAUAUUGUUGAAGAAACAGAAGAAUUGAAAGAUUUAUCAGGUUUGAGAGAAUUCUCAAACGAUAAAGAUAGAAUAAUUGAGAAAGAUAAUAGAGGAUUUCGUGCUAUAACAUGGUCUAGAUUAGAAACAAAAGUUUUAGAUAACCUUGUUGAAAAGUAUGGUAAAAGCUGGGAAACAAUUUCUCAAUAUAUGUUUGACAAAACACCACAAGAAUGUAAAGUUCAAUAUGAAAAGAUAAGAAGACAACAAGAUUCCAAUUUUAGUUACCAAUUUAUGGAUUUACCUGAAUUUACAGAUGAUGAAAUUGAUCAAAUAAACAUUUUAAUUCAAAAAAAUGGACGUAAUUGGCGCAGGAUUGCAAAAUUGUUUCCCGAUAAAUCAUCACUUGAUAUUGAACGUUUUGUAAAAGAUAAUUCAGAUAGAUUCCCAUCCCUUUAUAGUGACCCAAUAUUUAUAAAACGAUACAAAGGAUCAACAUGGACAGAUAAUGAUUUAAAAUCCCUUAAUGAACUUCUUAUGAAGCAUGGACGAAAUCUUGAUGCAAUUUCACAAGAACUACCUCAUAGAACUCCUAAAUCUAUAGAGAGAGCCAUUUCUAAACAUAUGUUAGAUCUUCCUGCACUUCAUUCAGGAAAAGUUGCAGACUGGUUUAGGUCAUCAACUAUAUGGAGUGAAUCAGAAACACGUUCAUUAAACGAAUUAGUUGAAAUAUAUGGUUUUAAUUGGGAAAAAAUUUCAGAAUACCUUCCAGGAAGAUCACCACUUUCUUGUAGCUCAAAAUUUUAUGCUAGUUGGUCAACUUGGAAUAAUAAGGUGACCGCUCUAGUACCUCAUAAAUGGCCUAAAGAAGUAAUACAAUUCUUAGAUCUUUUAAUAGAAAAAUAUGGGAAAUGGCAAAUAUUACCGAUUCUUGUAUCAGGAAUGACACCAGCAAAUUGGUUUUCACCUUUUUCCCCUCAAUCAAGAGUUUGGACAAUAAGUGAGAAACAAAUUUUACAAUAUUUGAUAAAAACUAAUGGAUAUAAUUGGGAAAAAAUUUCUGAGUAUUUUCCUCAUAGGCAACGUUGGACAAUUAUACGUGAAGUACUUGGUAAUAUUGAAGAUUAUGGAUCUACGUAUUCGGAUGAAAAUGUUUCGACAUCAAAUCUUAUAAAUUCAAAAAAACGCAAAAGACGCUCUUUUUAUUGGCCGUAUGAAGAAGUAAAAAAAUUAUAUGAACUUAAGGAAAAAUAUUCAUCUAAUUGGUAUAAAAUAUCGGAAGAACUCCCUGGAAGGGCUCCCGCUGCAUGUUAUCUUAAAGAUUUCGUACUAUUGAAUGCGCGUAAGAAAAUUAAUUAUAAAUUGGAUGUACUCGAAAUAUGUCAUUUACAGGAACUUCUCAGAUAUCAUGGAUCUGAUUGGGAAGCAAUUGCGAGUCAUAUAAAAAAAGAUCCAAAUGAAAUUAAGGACAUUGUAAAUGAAUAUCCUGAAAUUUUCCCCUCUGUAUUAUUCGGAUUACAAAUAAAAAAUACGGCCAAUUGGACGGAAAAGGAAAAAGAAUUACUUAAAAAUCUUAUUGCAUCACAAGGAAACAAUUGGAAGUUCAUCAAAAAAUUUUUCCCAAAAAAAUCAUACCAACAAAUUUUUGAUUAUUAUUAUAAGCAUUUAGAAGAUUUUCCUGAUAAUUUGAAUAAAAAUUACCGGUCCUUUUAUCGUGCUUUUUGGAAUAAAGAAGAAAAUGAAUUGCUGAAAGAAUUAUUGCAAAAACAUGGUAACAAUUUUGAAUAUAUUUCUCAAUAUUUCCCUGGAAGAACGAGUCUUGCUAUUAAGACUCAUAUUCGUAACUACCCAGAACUUUUCUACUCUGAAAAUGAACAAAAUUAUCGAAUAGAUGCAAAAUAUAAAAAGGAUCAAAAGAGGUCAAAUAUGAGUUGGACGAAGUAUGAAGAAGAUAAAUUAUUAGCGCUAACGAAAUCGUAUCCAGUUGAUUGGAAUAAAAUUGCUGCUGAAUUUCCUUCUAGGACAAUACAUGCUUGCAAAGCCAAAUAUCGAGAUUUAAAGAUACACAGUUUUACAAGGAUAACUUAA